CCUGCUUUGGUUUUAAAGAGAAAAACAUAUAAUGGAUUAUUGAGAAAAGUGAAGAUAAUAAUUUUCUUGGAAAUCACCACCAUUAUGGGAUCCGCACUUGGUUGCUGUGGCGGCGAGAAGGUUGAGGAAGGAUCGAUCGUUCGUCCAGGAAAUAAUUCAUGGAGGAUAUUUACGUAUAAAGAGUUGCAUACGGCUACUAAUGGUUUUAGCGAGGAUAAUAAGCUUGGAGAAGGUGGAUUUGGCAGUGUGUACUGGGGAAAAACCUCUGAUGGUCUUCAGAUAGCUGUAAAAAAGUUGAAGGCCAUGAACUCAAAAGCAGAAAUGGAGUUCGCUGUGGAAGUAGAAGUUCUUGGUAGAGUUAGGCACAAGAACUUGUUGGGUCUAAGAGGAUACUGUGUGGGCACCGAUCAACGACUUAUAGUAUAUGAUUAUAUGUCGAAUCUGAGCUUGUUAUCUCAUCUCCAUGGCCAAUUUCGUAGUCAAAGUCAACUAGAUUGGAAACGGAGAAUGAAGAUUGCUAUAGGCUCCGCUGAAGGAUUAUUGUACUUGCACCACGAAGUAAAACCUCAUAUAAUUCACAGAGACAUAAAAGCCAGCAAUGUCCUCCUGGACUCAGAUUUUGAGCCACUGGUUGCUGAUUUCGGUUUCGCCAAGCUUAUCCCAGAAGGAGUUAGCCACAUGACGACUCGUGUCAAGGGCACUUUGGGUUAUCUAGCGCCGGAAUACGCCAUGUGGGGAAAAGUUUCAGACAGCUGCGAUGUUUACAGCUUUGGGAUUUUACUACUCGAGAUCCUAACCGGAAGAAAACCGAUCGAGAAGUUGCCUACCGGCAUCAAGAGGACUAUAACCGAAUGGGCAGAACCACUGAUAAUCAACGGGAGGUUCAAGGACCUUGUCGAUCCAAAACUCCGAGGAAAUUUCGAUGAAACCCAGUUGAAACAAGCGAUCAAUGUCGCUGCUUUGUGUGUUCAGAGCGAGGCAGACAAGAGGCCCAGCAUGAAGGAGGUGGUGAAUAUGUUAAAAGGGUAUGACGGGAGAGAUAAAGUGAUGCAGAUGAAAAUUGAGAGUGUUAAGUACAAGGAGGAUUUGGUUGAGAUGGACCAGGCUAGUGAAGAAGAAGAUGGUAAUGGCGGUGCAGAUGAAAGUGGGUAUGGUGUUUUUGGAGCCAUGGAGAUGCAGAGAAUGGAGGAUCCUCAUGGGCGAUUUUUAGAGCGAAGAUUUCUGAAACAUGUGUAAGAAUUUAAAGUGCGGAACUGUUGAUCUGAAGAUGUUGCACCUUGUUUCAUCACAUUAAGAUAUUGAUCGU